GAAUCCAACGGUUGACAUUGCAUCUCGUGCUUGUUAUAUUGAGUUCCAUUUUCCAUUCUCAUUUGGUCCCUUGACUCUUCUCGUUCUCUCACCACCUUCUCUGCAUUCUCUCUCGCUCUCUCUGCCUUCCAUCACCCUCGGCAUUUCCCUUCCCAAGAUAGUAGAAGAUGGCAGACGCUGAGGAUAUUCAACCCCUUGUGUGUGACAAUGGAACAGGAAUGGUUAAGGCUGGAUUUGCUGGAGAUGAUGCCCCACGUGCUGUGUUUCCCAGCAUUGUAGGUCGUCCUCGUCACACUGGUGUGAUGGUUGGCAUGGGCCAGAAAGAUGCAUAUGUUGGUGAUGAGGCACAGUCUAAGCGUGGUAUUUUGACCCUCAAGUACCCAAUUGAACAUGGAAUUGUGAGCAAUUGGGAUGAUAUGGAAAAGAUUUGGCAUCAUACCUUCUAUAAUGAGCUUCGUGUUGCCCCAGAAGAGCAUCCAGUUCUGCUAACUGAGGCUCCUCUUAACCCUAAGGCUAACCGUGAGAAGAUGACCCAAAUCAUGUUCGAGACUUUUAAUACCCCCGCUAUGUAUGUAGCCAUUCAGGCUGUUCUUUCACUUUAUGCAAGUGGGCGUACAACUGGUAUUGUAUUGGAUUCUGGUGAUGGUGUCAGCCACACUGUCCCCAUUUAUGAGGGUUAUGCCCUUCCGCAUGCCAUCCUUCGUCUUGAUCUUGCAGGUCGUGACCUCACUGAUUUCUUGAUGAAAAUUUUGACUGAACGUGGUUAUUCUUUUACCACCUCAGCAGAGCGAGAAAUCGUGAGGGAUGUGAAAGAGAAGCUGGCUUACAUUGCCCUCGACUAUGAACAAGAGAUCGAGACAGCCAGGACCAGCUCAUCAGUGGAGAAGAGUUACGAGUUGCCUGAUGGGCAGGUAAUCACAAUUGGCGACGAGCGUUUCAGAUGUCCAGAGGUCUUGUUCCAACCAUCCCUGGUAGGAAUGGAAGCAGCAGGCAUUCACGAGACAACAUACAAUUCCAUAAUGAAAUGCGAUGUUGAUAUCAGGAAAGAUUUGUACGGUAACAUUGUCCUUUCUGGAGGAACAACCAUGUUCCCCGGCAUUGCUGAUAGAAUGAGCAAGGAAAUUUCUGCAUUAGCUCCCAGCAGCAUGAAGAUCAAGGUCGUAGCUCCACCUGAGAGGAAGUACAGUGUCUGGAUCGGUGGUUCCAUCUUGGCAUCACUCAGCACCUUCCAGCAGAUGUGGAUUGCAAAGGCGGAAUACGAUGAGUCUGGCCCGUCAAUCGUGCAUAGAAAGUGCUUCUAAGCUGUUUGGGAAACAGGGCUAUUUGAAGGGGAAGACCACUGUUAUAAUUCCUGCAGAGGCAGUGCAGCAACCCUUUCAUUCUAGCUAUUGUUAUUCGUUCGUGUCAUUCUUAUCUUGGAGUGUAUGAUUUGCAGAAUGUGAGGAGUUAUUUUUCCAAAUGGUCCAGUUAUAUUCGGUAUAUUUGUAAGAGUUUUUUGACUGGUUCAUUCUGCUUAUGAAUUGGUUGGGAUUAUCAAACUACGCUUGUGUCCUUGAUAUGCAAAAUUAAUAUUCAUUUGAAUUUUUCA